CGGUGCGUGGGGGGCGGGGCCUCCACGGCCGUUUCAGCAUGGCCGCCGGCGCCGCUGCUGCUGCUUUAGCGUUCUUGAAUCAAGAGAGCCGAGCCCGCGCUGGGGGUGUCGGCGGCCUUGGGGUCCCGGCUCCGGUCACAAUGGAUAGUUUCUUUUUUGGUUGUGAGCUCUCCGGCCACACCCGCUCCUUCACUUUCAAGGUUGAGGAAGAGGAGGAUACGGAACACGUGCUGGCCUUGAACAUGCUGUGCCUUACCGAGGGGGCAAAGGACGAGUGUAAUGUGGUGGAAGUUGUGGCCCGGGAUCACGACAACCAGGAGAUUGCAGUUCCUGUGGCCAACCUCAGGUUAUCUUGCCAGCCCAUGCUCAGUCUGGAUGAUUUCCAGCUCCAACCACCUGUAACCUUCCGCCUGAAGUCCGGUUCUGGGCCUGUGCGCAUCACUGGUCGGCAUCAGAUCGUUUGUAUAAACAAUGAUUUUUCUGAAGAAGAAAGUGAGGAUGAGGAGAGUGAAGAGGAGGAGGUUAAGGUGUGUGGCAUCCUUCCUGCCAAAAAGCGUGGGGGCCGGCCGUAGCGGUCUCUGUUUCUGGUCAGGUGGCUGCUUGCUACAAGCACCAUGCUCCAUACGCUCCUGGACAAGUUUCAAGAACGUUUUACUUGCUGAAGAGGAUCGUUUGGGAAGGUGGGAGGGACUUGGGCUGGUGCUGAGAGAGCCUGCAUUCUCCACAGGGCCCUCUGUUUGGUCCCCCGUGUUUCAGGAGGUGUUUAAAAUCCUUUUCUAUUGGGGUGCGAUGAUUUUGAACACCUCUCCUGACCCACCUGCCCAGAUUGAAAGUUUUGC